CGGGGAUCUACAGAGUUAAGUUGAAAACCCCCCAUCUCUUCUUGGGCUCACACCAGUCAUCGCGUCGAUGUGAAUUCUGUCUAUUCAAUAUAUUUGCUUGAUUUCUCCUUCUCUCCGAGCGUGUGUGUUUGUGCCAUGGCUUCGGAAACCAAUAUCUCAGUGAGCUCUGAAGCUCGCGAAUUGAGCUUGAUAUCCAAGGUUGAACUUAGGAUCGCCCUUGCGGACUCGGACGAUAGACUGCAGACCCUCCUAAAUACUUAUUUGACACCUCUGCUGUUGAAACUAGGCUCUGAGAGCAUUGCGGUUCGCAACAAAGUCAUUUCGGUCUGUCAGCACAUCAACACCCGAGUUCAAUCCCCAACUAUCAAGCUCCCCGUGGCGGCUUUGUUGAAACAGUUCAAGGAACAGAAAUCUCACCUGAUCAGACAUUUUGACUUGCUCUAUAUUCAGCAGGGUGUUCAUCGCCUAGGGUCAAGUGCAAGGGUAGAGAUCCUACUCCCUUUACUGCAAAGAAUCUCGGAAAUCGGCUCAUCCACCAAUCAAGCUGCUACUGUUUUCAACUUGGUUCUGAGGCUUCUCCCGCUUUUGAAGUUACCACCCAAGGAUAGUGACGAAGACCUGCGAUUAAAGACUCAUUUGGGUCUCUCUGACCAAGACACGCAAUUUUUGUCAUCUCUGUUUGAGAAACUGCUUAUUCUUUCUCCCGCGGACAAGCAUAAGUCCACAUGCCCGGGACUAUCUCCAGCAGAUUACACUUUUCUGAACAAAGAUGCUCUGAUCUCCGAGACAUGGAAUGCUUCCGAUGGUGGACUAAAUCUCACCGAGACUAAAGUCAAUGUCCUCAGAUUCCUAGCCAGCGGAGCCUUUGCCAAUUCAGAGCGAUUCCUGCCUGCUGUGAUUGCAUCAGCGGAUGCUAACACUCGUCUCUCUGAUAUCGGCGAGGAAUGCCUCAAAAGGUUUGUACCAAGUCUUGAGGAUCCCCAUGUUGUGCGGCAGUUGUACGACCUCUACCUGGGUGCAGGAACACCAGAUGGGGCUGCGCCAGCGCGACCUGCUCUGCAGAUCAAAAUACUGGCCUUCCUAGGGAGAUCAAUCAGGGCGACUAGGGACAAAGAGCGCAUUAUGCAGGUAAUAGGAGAAGGCCUUCUAUCAGACAGCGCAAGGUCUAUACAAGGGCUGCAAGCGUCCAAGCUACGGACACAAAUUUUCAAUUUUACUACGUGGGUUGUGAGGAUGGGCUCGCCAGAUGAUUUACAACAAAUGGCACCGAAGCUCAUAGCAGGCUUGAUGGACUUCAUCCAGUCUCAAGGAUGGCCAAGUCCCGCGGCAAGUGGUCAAAAACUCCCGCAGACAGAACUUAGUUUGCGAGGCAUGGCCUACGAAUGUAUUGGUAUCAUGAUUCCCAAAGCAGACUUUCAGGUCCAGAAGGGAGAGGAUGCUUUGUCUGGCUUUGGACUUAUCAAAUGGCUAUUUACAUCGCUCAGCUCUGAUGAUUCAAGCACUCAGAUCUUCGUCAGUAUCGAACAGGCAUUAGGAAAUAUUCUCAGUUCUUCAAUGAAGAAAUGGGAUCAUGACUUUCAAGCGCAACUGCGACCCUUUCUCCUUCAGCAAAUGAGUAAUCAGCCUGAACAAGAGGACCCUCUGACCGGGUUUACUGUUGUCCGGGGCCCUGAGUAUGCAGCAGUACGAUUUGCGAACAGAUUUUUACCUUACAAUGAUGUUAUCGCCCGAUGGAUAGAUCUCUUGGCCAUUGCUCGCGGCUCAGAAAAGCAUCAUGAAGUGGUAGAGGAGGGACAGAAAGGCCUGCAUCCUUACUGGUUCCGACUCCAAAAUUCCAAUCACGAUCAUAACUUGUCCUCCAAUGAGCUAUCUGCGUGGUACUGUUUUCCGAGAUUCUCUGACGCGGUGCGCUUUCUAUUUGGCACCACUCCAUCGCAAGGCAUAUCUGGUUUAUCUGCAUUGGACAUACUAUCGGGACCUUACCAGAACGCCUUCCCAGCGGCUAUCGAGUUUCUUCGUAACAUAUUGUUUUGGGAAUCCAUCUCCGCUUCAGAGGCCGGUUUUGAGAUAGAACAUGACUGGGAUGUCAAAUUGGAUGUGAUGCUUAGCUCUGAUCAACAAGCACGAGAUGCAUUGAGAAGCUACCUUCGAUCUACUGACGGCGAACCAAUUGCCCUAUUUCUCUCGAGUGCGCUUGCUGGCUUAUCUCGCGAGAACAGGAAAGGCACACAACAAUGCGGGAGGCUCUUCAUCAGCAUAGCUUCCCUGAGUCCCAACAACAUACUUGAGAAGGUGGUGCCGCAAACAUUGGCACUCGGAGAACCAUUGAACAGUAAUGAUCAGGAGGUACAGGACGCUUCUGCGCGAGCGAUUGGCAUUCUGGCUUCGCAUCCCGCCUUUUCGACCACGGAUUUGACUGCACUCAUCACUGAACUGUCAGACUUGAUGGUGGAGUGGAAAGCUGCAAUCGGGGAGGCAGCACUUAGGGUCAGGGGUGCAGUUAUGGCUCUAUCUUACUUAUUGAGCAGGCUUGCGUUCCGCAACAUGAUUUUUAAAGUGCCGGAAGCCUAUGUGAGACGGUUCAUUGACACCGUUUCCGAUAUGGUAGAGAAUGCUCGAGACUCUCUCCUCUGCCGGUCCGCCCAAGCUGCAGUUGGGAGACUUGGUCUUUCUAAUCUCCUGUCCUUUUCUAUGCUUCCUGAAUCUAAAUGGGUCACAAUUAGAGAAAGACUUGUUCAGGCGGCCAAAGCAGAGAAUGAAGUGGCCAUCAUGGCGAUUGGACUGUUAUCAAUGGCCAUCUCCGGAGGUGACUCUACUGGUGUAGGACUCGACGGACUAACGCAAGCCCUCUAUGAUCUUCAUGAGAAUCGCAACUCAGAGCUUCACUUUACAGUCGGCGAGGCACUGAGCAAUGCUGCAGCUGGCUGGAGAUCUAGGUCACUGGUACUGGAAUUUGAUGUGGACGAAGCGAUUCCCGCGUCCGCAAUCCCAGAAUCAGUUCUCGCUGAGGUAUGCGACAAAAUCUUAUCUAGCUGCAGUGCGUCGAAACCCUCACUGCGAAAGGCCGCUGCUAUAUGGCUCUUGAGCCUUGUCAAAAACUGCGGUCAUCUGCCUGAGAUGCAAGCUCGUCUGCGAGAGUGCCAGCGGUCAUUUAGCAAUCUGCUUGCUGAUCGCGAAGAAGUCGUCCAAGAGACCGGAGCGCAAGGCUUAAGUCUCGUUUACGGAGUUGGUGACCGGGGACUGAAGGACGACCUGGUGCGUGAUCUGGUGGAUUCUUUUACUGAAGGCAAGUCAAAUUUUAGAGGAGGCCGGGUAAACGAUUCUACCGAAUUGUUCGAGCCAGGAGCCUUACCAACCGGGGGUGGAUCAUCUGUGAAUACGUAUAAAGAUAUCAUGAACCUCGCUGCCGAAGCGGGGGAUCCUACUCUGGUUUAUCGGUUCAUGGCGCUGGCCUCGAACGAUGCCCUUUGGACCAGCCGUGCAGCUUUCAGCAAGUUGGGAAUAAGCAGCAUAUUCUCCGACUCAAGCGUGGACGGUUACCUUGCGAAGAACCCCAAGAUUUAUCCGAAAUUGUUUCGUUACAGAUUCGACCCGAACCCAAAUGUGCAGCGAUCGAUGGACACAAUAUGGCGGGCCUUGGUCAAGAAUCCCACGGAAAUUAUUGAUGCUCAUUUCGAUGAGAUUAUAACUGAUCUACUGAAGAGCAUGCUGACGGGACGAGAAUGGAGGGCUCGGCAAGCGAGUUGCGCUGCGAUUGCCGACCUCAUUCAGGGCCGCCAGCCGGAAAUGUUCGCGGGGUAUAUGAAAGAGAUCUUUACUAAAGCCUUUAAGCUACUGGAUGACAUCAAAGAAACAGUCCGGGUGUCAGCGAUGAAGCUUUGCCAGACCAUCACCAACAUGAUCAUGCGCACAUUAGAGACAAGCAAACCCGAUGCGAAGCAAGCUGGUUCAAUGCUGGAGACUGUUAUCCCGUUCCUGCUGAGUGACAAGGGCAUGGAGUCCGGGGUCGAAGAAGUUCAAGGAUUCGCGAUUGGAGCACUGAUUCAAAUGAUCAAGAAGAGCCCUGGAAAACCGCUGCGCCCAUUCGUGCCUCACAUCAUGGAACAGUUCUUAAGCUGCUUGAGUUCCCUGGAGCCCCAGGCCGUGAACUACGUUCAUCUCAACGCCGACAAGUAUGGCUUGACGGGGCAGGAUAUCGACAAAAUGCGUCUAUCCAGCAUCCGCACGUCGCCUAUGAUGGAAGUCAUUGAGCGGUACCUCAUUGAUAUGCUCGAUGUAGAGAGCAUGAAGGAAUUUGCCUUGAGGCUAGAGGGAGUACUGCGCUCAGCAGUGGGUCUUCCGUCCAAGGUGGGCUGCAGUCGUGUCUUGGUGCUCCUAAGCAUGCGAACCACAUUAUUUCGUCCCUUUGCAGACCGCUUUAUUCAGCUCCUUGGGAAACACGUGGUAGAUCGUAAUGACACUGUUAGCGCGUCCUAUUGCUCCUCAAUCGGAUAUUUGAUGCGCCUUGCUUCUGAUGAGCAGUUCUUGAGCACGGUCGAGCACGCGAAGAAAUUAUACCUUUCCGCAGAAGACACCAAUCAGCGUGCUAUUUCGGCUGAGAUUUUGCUUUCGACGUCGAAGCUAGCUAAUGACCGGUUUAUAGCAUUCGCCACGGCGGCACUGCCAUUCAUCUUUGUGUCUAAGUACGAUUUGGAUGACCAUGUUCGGGAAGUAUUCGAGAAAGCAUGGCAGGACAAUGUCGGUGGUAACCGCGCAGUGUCACUCUACAUCAAGGAGAUUGUCGACCUUGUGUCUCAAAGCCUGGAAUCAGCGCGCUGGGCUAUUAAGCACACAGCCGCACUGGGACUUGCAAAUGCUAUCAUGUCUCUUGAUGCUGAGCUGGAUCUUGCCACGAGCGAACACAUAUGGCCUGUGUUGGAAAAAGCGUUGGCUGGUAAAACAUGGGAUGGGAAAGAAGUGGUGCUCAAAGCCUUUGCGAGAUUCAUAAAGCAGGCGAAAAGGUUAUGGGAAGCGAAGCCUCAGUUUGCAGAGGCUACGAAGACAAUUACCCUCCGAGAAGCCAAGCGAAACAACAUGACCUACCGACCUCACGCUCUCAUUGUUCUUGGCGAGGUGUCGCAAGCGCGCGAGGACCUUGAUUUUAUGCCAGAGACCAUCAGCAUCGUCACUCAAGUGUUGGACCAGAUAGAAGAGGACGGGGAUCCAAUGGAAGUCGAUGCAGGAAGCAGCCGGAGACCUACGCAAGUUCUCGAUGAUACAUUAGCCGCAUGUGUCGAAUGUCUCCUGCAUUGUUGCCAACCUGUAUCGCAUCAGCCAGCAAGUGUUGUACAGGAACACAUGGAGGGUAUUGUGCCAAACCUGCGCCGAGCAUUGGGACGCGGAGGCAGAAACGUGCAAACAACACUGUAUAGAGAGCUUUGCGCAGUACUCGACCAAUUAGGGACGUGGGAAGCCUCGCAGAGUGGCGAAGUCGAUCUACGCGGACCCCAAAAGGCCUUGGCGGCGCUAGCCAGCGAGAUGCUAUCUCGUGAUAUCGAUACCUCGUUGGAAAAAGUGCGUUUAGGGCGUGCACAGGCGACUGCUUCAUAUGUCAAGUUGUGCACGCAGAUGAGAUGUCCAAUUGACGAGACACUAUGGAAAACCAUACGGGCAUGGAGAGACGAGGAACGGUCGGGGUUGGUACAACAGGUACUCGACCGGGCGCUCGCGGCCGAAACACCGCCGUCAGUGAUCUUGUGAGAUACGGCUCAUAAUCUCUAUUUGAGAUCAUGCGGGGGAUAUGUCUCACUGGCCAUCGGACGACAGCAGAUAUGGCCCGAUGGGGAUGAAGACGGGGUACGAAAGGGAGGGUUAAAGAUGAGGGGAACAUGCAUUGAUCAUGAGACUAGGGCUGAGCUCGGUCCAGGCACUGACAAUAAAAGAUGAUACGCCCGAAGAGCGGUCCGUUGUCCAUUGGAGGAGGCGCAGAGAGGGAAGAGAAACGAGAAUCAUGUAGAGAUAUGUGAGGUAAAGAAUGAAUGAAGGUCAACACUACCUAGGAAUGCGUGGUGAUUUUUACAGUAGAAUUAAACAAAAGUGGCAGCCAAU